AACUCAGAUUUAACAAUUAUGAAUGACACAAACAUUACCACAGCAUUCACGCCUUACGGACUGCCAAAAUCUCUAGUUUUUAUCAUAGUGGUGAUUCAAAGUUUGAUUAUUGUGGCAGCACUUUGUGGAAAUGUACUUGUUUGUUUGGCGAUUUGCGUCAAUAAGAACCUACGAGAAACACCAUCCAACUACUUUCUUUUUUCGCUUGCGGUCUCUGAUAUCCUAACAGCCACUUUAUCCAUGCCAUUUGAUGUUGACCAGACAUUAAAACCAAACUGGAGGUGGGACCAUGGACCAACGAUUUGCAAACUGUGGACAACAAUUUAUCUAAUUGCUGUUCCCACAUCGAUUCUGAGCCUGCUGGCGGUCAGCGUCGACAGAUACAAGGCGAUCACCGACCCCUUGAAUAAGUUUAAACGCUCACCGUUUUUGACGAGAAAAAGAGCAACUGUAGUCGUCGUAGGGUUGUGGGUAUAUUGCAUUGUGUUCGCGCUGAUUCCUAUGAUGGGCUGGAGCUUGCGCCCCGAUGAGAUAAACAUCGAAAAUGAAUGUGUGUUUAACACUCCAAGGAUAUACUCACUGCUUAACUCAUGCCUUAACUUCUAUCUUCCCCUCUUCAUCAUGGUCAUCAUUUACUUUCAAAUUUAUAGAAUAGCUAGUCGAAUGAAUAUUGUGUUGGACGARCGAGCUAAACUUUCUAUUACAAAUCAUUCGCAAGGAAAGUCGUUGUCUGCAACAUUACCAUAUCUUAAAGCAUCACCGACUCCCUCGACAGACGACGGACAGCCCCUAUAUUCGCCUGAUAUGUGCCCGGUUAAAAAGGUUAAGAGACAAAGAAAGAAUUUKAACCGAAGCGUCAAGACAGCCAAGAGUAUUUUGAUUAUUGUYUGUGCACUUUUCUUUUGYUGGAUACCACACACUACAGUCAGUGUAGUUGCUGUGUUUUGUAAAAGUUGUUAUGUUGCUAUCCCUGCACCAGUUUAUUCUUUUCUCCUUAUUCUCGGUUAUCUAAACUCUGCUCUUAAUCCCCCACUCUACUCACUUUAUAACCCAAAGUUCAAAGAAGCGUUCAGAAAGAUUUUACGGCUAAAAGUCGUUAAAUCACAGCAAAGGCAUUGCUCUAGYUAUUCGCCGUCAGACGGUGGAUCAAGGAUAAAGAACAGUAUAUAUUUUCAUGGCAAUAGGCAAAGCACAGGAAGUCGGAUGCGCACAGAAACUGCAGCUUAAUUGGAGAUGUAAUCACUGAAAGGUGAUGGGAAACUGUUGUUUUGAUAACAUGAUAAGAUUUUUACAUCCUGCGUCAUUACAUGUAUGGAUUGAACAUUCAGGAAAAGGAUUGAAAUAUAGGUUUGAAAAAUUGAAUUUAUCUCGACGCUAGAUACACAUAUAUUGGUCUAAUUCGUAUUGCAUGAUGUAACUUUUGAUUUACAACAAGACYUUGAUGGAAAAUAGAAAACAAAUAAAUAACUAGUGAUAUCAUAAUACAAUAUCUACCGAUAUCCCUGAAUAUGAUGAUAAAUGAACUGAAAAUGUCAUCUAAUCUCGUCAAAAUUGUAUUCAAAUAAAUAUCAUUAAAAAAAACAUUACAUCACGAGCGCCACAAGAACCGCAUGCAAGCUGUGCUGCGCAGGAAGUUGUGUUUCAUUUUCACUAGCAUAAAGCGCAAAAGCAUUAGAGAAAAAGAGCAAGAAAGGAAACAUUUUGAUAUCUAAUGCACUUCCUUCGUGUUAGUGCGUUGCGCGUUUUUUACUGUGAAAUAAGACCGCAAAAGUUUUGCCUUUUUUUCGCGCUUACUCUUAUGAAGACCAGGCUUUACGUUGAAUGUUGAUUAAAUGCAUAUAUCAAGCAUAUUCAUUUGUGACUUAGAGCUCCACACCCAAAACCAGUGAUCACAUCCGGUACUUUACUUAUUAAGGCU